AUGAUUUUGUCCUCUAGGGAAGGAGCACGCAUCUAUAUAUAGAACACAUCUUCAGACGGAUUAUUCUUAAACAGAAACCAGUCAAGAACCCUUCUGAGUAGUUGGCAGCUCUGAUGUGGUGCAGCUGCAACAGCCUCAACCUAAAACCGCUGGAUAGGAGCCGAGAGCAGGUUACACACAUCCAAAUAUGCGCGUAAUUGGAGUGCACUGGCGAGGCAUCCCUUGCACCCCUACCGGGAUAACGUUGUCGUGAUGUUCAAUACUUCGGGAAUUGAGUUCACUUUUAAUAAGAAAGAGGAUAUUUCCGAAGUUAUCAAUGGCACUUUGCAGCUUCUCUACAACGUCCUCAUCACAGUCAGUCCCACAACCAUGUGGAACGAGUCGUGCGGGGAGCAGCUGCAGGAUUUCGGGCGCCCGGAGAAGAUUAUUAUCGGGGUGAUGCUGGCGAUCAUCACGGCGGUCACCGUGAUGGGGAACACGCUGGUGGUGAUCGCAGUGUGCGUGGUGAAGAAACUAAGGCAACCUUCAAACUACCUUCUGGUGUCCCUAGCAGUGGCGGACCUGUCAGUGGCCAUAGUUGUAAUGCCAUUUGUAAUUGUGACAGACCUCACCGGGGGCAAGUGGCUUUUUGGUGAGCUGUUCUGCAACAUCUUCAUCGGCAUGGAUGUAAUGUGCUGCACUGCCUCCAUCAUGACUCUGUGUGUGAUCAGCGUGGAUAGGUAUCUGGGGAUCACACGGCCUCUCACCUACCCAGCCCGGCAGAACGGGCAGCUGAUGGCAAAGAUGAUCCUGGGAGUGUGGCUGGUGUCAGCAUCCAUCACCCUGCCACCUUUCUGCGGCUGGGCCAAAAACAUCCACAAAGCCGGUGUGUGCCUCAUUAGCCAAGACUUUGGCUACACCAUCUACUCCACAGCCGUAGCCUUUUACAUCCCUAUGCUGGUCAUGCUGGUCAUGUACUACAAGAUCUUCAGGGCUGCUCGCAAGAGCGGUGCCAAGCACCGCUUCACUGACCUUUCGCGGCGCGAACGCCUUGAAACAGUGGCUAAUGAGGCGCUGCGCAUGCAGGGCCUCAAACCGCCCGGUGUGGCGGAGGAGUGUGCUGCCUUGUCCCGCCUGCUGAACCGUGAGCGCAGAAACAUCUCCAUCUUCAAGCGGGAGCAGAAAGCAGCCACAACACUGGGGGUGAUUGUGGGGGUGUUUGCUGUGUGCUGGCUGCCAUUCUUCAUCCUGUCCACUGCCAGGCCCUUUAUCUGUGGAGUGGAGUGUAGCUGUGUGCCCAUCUGGCUGGAGCGCACGCUGCUCUGGCUAGGCUACGCCAACUCCCUAAUGAACCCCUUCAUCUACGCCUUCUUCAACCGAGACCUGCGCUCCACUUAUCGUGACCUUCUCCGCUGUCGUUAUCGCAACAUCAACCGUCGGCUGUCUGCUGUGGGCGUGCAUGAGGCUCUCAAGGUGUAAAGCAGGGUACUUCAGCAGCAUAUCUUGAGUCUCAAAAAGUGGGGUAUGGUGGCCCCGUGCUUGUGCACUUGGAGCUUAAAGGGCGACAUGUACACAGCAGGCCUGUAGAUAAGACACAGAAUGACAGAGCGGGAGUUAGUGUUGGUGGCUCUCUGGCCCCUCUGCAAAGUCCGAGAGACAGCAUGAUCACUUCAGUGCGUGUGUGACUUACUCAUUCUAUUUUAAGGAAGAAAAUCAUAGAGCAUACUUGAUGAGCUAUUCAAGUCGACAAUGCUUUUGUGCAUAUGCCACAAUUCUGUCCUGGCUCUGGAUUUAUGGUGGAAUAAUGUGGUGACAAAGGAAAUGACACAAUCAAUCACCCCAGGGCUUUCAAAGAGAACAGAGAGCAAACAGAUUUCUGUAUGAUAACAAAAUUGGUGUUUGAUAAGUAAAAACAUGUUUUGUGCACAAUAUUUUCUGAGCAUCUUCAUCAAACAUGCAUUUAAGGACAUCCCAGAUUCAUUCAUUCGAACAGGAGGUGAACAAUCUGAGGUGUAUUGUACUUCGUGCCAGGAUUAAAUAUUAUUUAUAUCACGUUAUCUCCAGUCAUAGCUUUCCAUUUGGUCUUCUCACCAAAUUUAACAGGAGCACCGUAAAUGUUGCACAAAUGUUUAAAAUGUGGUGUUGCCAAAUGAACGGAGGUGGGUGGAAAAUGGUGUUAAAAUGCAACAUGGAGGGAACAUUUUCCAUUCAUGAGAUGUCAGUGUUUGUUGCUAUAAAAGGAAAGUGAAAGUAGUUUGUUUAGUGUCUGCAUGAGACAUAUUUGUGUUACAUGCCACUGUAUACAUAAAUCAUAAGGGAUUUUGAACAACAGUUUGGCAGAAAUAUUUUCAUGUUUCACCCAAAUACUUUAUCGCACACUUGAAUUCAAUAUGAGCUCAAUAGUGUAUGUGUCAGAAACCAUGAUACUGUGGAUUUUGUUUUUAUUUUUCACUCCUGUUAUUUUGCCUUGAUUGGUUUCAGUCCACUUUUGACUGCUGACCUUCUUGGUUGAUACAGUGAACUUAACCUGCUGAACUCUGCAGUUUCACUUCAAGAAUUUACAUGUUCCCCAGACUAUUUUUCUCCACUAGUUGUCAGCAGUGUUUCUGUUUCCCCUUUGAAGCAGGAUGUGGUCACUUGACUACACUGGCUACACUCCCAUUUGAAGUCUUUGGUGACCUGUAAGAAUCUGUGUCAAACGUCAUCAGUUGAGCAGUGUGUGCUUUUUCUACCUCGAUUUUUUGAGAAUACUGUACAUUUCUUCCAAACAGAUGUACUGCUGUCUUUCAUUAUUUUGUAAUUAACUGUUAUUUUAUAUUGUGUAAGAUCGAUCUGUCUGCAACUACUCUGUGUUUGCUCUGUUUGACUGC